UAUUAUAUUAUGCUAACAUAAAUUCACCCCCUUUAGGGUCUGAAAGUCAUUUUUUAAUUGAGUUUUAGACCUCCUUAAAAUGCAAAUAUGUGUACCUGAAUCUUUAUCGUUCUGUAGAUCAAACGUCACAUCGAUCAGUGAUGUUUUUGAAAGCUUACAAAACUACUAACGAUAAAAUCUUUCGUCAAAAGGUCAAGAGUUUCGAUGCAUCUGCUUUACCACCUUGUCAAUCAGAGCUCCGAGAACACAUACUCCGAACAGCAUAUAUUGCACAAAUUUGGAGUAAUGCUCACUUAAAAGAGCCUACAACAUUAUCCCCACUCGACUGUGGCUGGAAAGUGGAUGAGAAUGCAAGAUAUGAUUUUAAUUGGUUUAGUGGCGACCAAUUGCCUCAGUCAAUCGAUGAUGUGACGUUUGAUCUACAGAACGAUAAAGAUUCAGAUACAGAAAUUGCAAAUGACGGUUGUCAAUACCUUAAAGAAAAUGAUGGAGUGUGUGACCAGAAAGAUGAUGAGGAUGAAGAUAGUGAUGAUAUGGAAGGCGAUGAGGAAUCAAAUGUCAGUAGCGAUGAGGAAUAAGAAAAAUAUAUUUAUUUUUUAUAUAAUUACUAUAUUGUUGUAAUAAAAAACAUUUGCGUU